GCUUUCUGCCUUUUCACAGCCAGUCGGAAUGUACAUGCAUAAGUACGAAUGGUCCGGGUCCCAGGAGAGCGGAGAUUGCUCCAUUUGGAUUAGGGCGGCUCAGCUACAGUUCGACGAUGGCAGCUGGGAAUGUCAGGUCACGGCAAGUGACUUCCACACACAAGAUGCCCUCACUAGUUAUCCAGUACGAUUGGUUGUUAGAGUUGCUCCUCAGAAGCCAAAAAUCGAAUACAAUCAAAGUCAAGUAUUACCAGGUCAUAAUUUGACUGCUAUCCAUGGUGAAGUAGCCAUCGUGAAAUGUCUAUCACGCUACGGGAACCCUCCCCCGGUUCUAAAAUGGUUUCUAGAUCAAAUGGAAAUCACGCCCACCAGGCGACAGACGAACAGUACCGAGGUGGACAAUCCGAGAACUUGGCUAGCCAUCAGCGUACUGGAACUUACAAUUUCAAAAGACAACCACGGGAAGACACUCAAGUGCGUUGCCGUGCACGAAUCCUACUCAACUAAAUCAAGCAGCGUCGAAGUGGUGUUGGAUGUAAUGUACGUCCCGGAAACACGGUUAAUCGGAAUUCCUACGACGGAUAUAGAAGAGCAUAAAGACCCUGUGGCCAUACGGUGUAUGGUAGCCGCGAACCCGAGGGCGUCGGUUGUUUGGAAAAAGGAAGGUCAAACUCAAGCCGCAAGCCUUCAAGAACUUCUCCAGUUCAGUCCGGCGGUUAGACAGAAUGCCGGAUUAUAUACGUGUCAGGCCCGGAACAAGGCGGGCGAGUCGCAACCAGUAAGGGUGCACCUUGACGUUAAGUAUCCGCCGAAAAUUUUGAGCGUGGGCCCGGAUCGGCUAACUACGGCAAUGCUCUUCAAUUCUGCAACAUUCGAAUGUGUUGCAGAGGGAAACCCACAGCCCACGUAUCAGUGGUUGCAGCGGUUGACAACGCGGGUUGACAAAUUUGUCGAGAGGGGCCACGAAGCGAGACUACAUAUCCCAAACGUCACGUACGAUUAUCAGGGGGAAUAUGUAUGUAAAGUGACCAAUAUUAUCGGUGGAUUGGAAAGAACCGUUCAAAGUGAAGCUAUCGCUCUUCAAGUGGUUGGGGCUCCUCAGGUGCUGCGACACACCGAAACCCCCGAAAUUGUCGUUGAAAAGGGCCAGAACGCGAAAAUAAGCCUGGUCGUAUGCGCGGAUCCAAGACCUAGGGUGGUUGCUUGGGAAUGGGGAUCCCUAAGGCUUGAAGCAGGAGCAGAAAUGGGUCGAUAUAGGGUGGAUGAUGUAACCCAGGAGGCAAGAGAAGACUGUUAUUUAGCAACCCUCAGGAUUAAGGAUGCUGAUUCAACAGACUCAAGAGCAUAUUAUCUGGCAGUUGAAAAUGAUAAGGGCACCGACAGACACGCUGUGCAACUUUACGUCAACGAGCCUUUGGAGAUGAGUACCCUGGUGAGUUUGGCCGGUGUUGGAUUGGCCGCCCUCCUGCUGAUCGUUUGUGCCUGCAUAUACGCCGUACGCACGGAAAAGUGCUGCUUCGCACGUAAAGGAGACUUCAAACCCAGUGAUUUAAACGGAGAGAAAAUGGAUAUAGAGAAAAAUGCGACAGGUCCAGGGGGAAUUCCCGCAGAUGCCAUAUAUACAACAACUCCGAGAGGUGGAAGAGGUCAUAGUAGCCCCGAAGCAAUGAAGGUACGUCUCGCCGCUAUGGUGCUGCAGCCACCCACUAGAGUGUAGCACUGCACCACAGGACCGAGGCGAGGCAGACCAGCCACGGUCAUAGAAUAUAGGUGUUAAUUCCCUCGACACCAUUAAAAACGAACAAAAAUAUAUUACAUUAUAACGGUAUUUUAAUUAAAUCUAUCUAUUUUAAUUCUAAACGACGUUCUUCUUAAGUCGAGGUAAUUAAUACCAGGCGGUUACUGCCAAAGUGUGUGAAAUCAUAACCACGGUAUCUUUUUCUGCACUGAAAAUAAAACUAAAUGUUGACUGGUGUCGUUGAUAUCAAUAGUAUAGAAAAUGUCGUCGCAUAAAUAGAUUUUUCAGCCAGAAUGUGUUUAAAAGAAUAAUGAAUUUUGAUGAAGCAUCCGAAAAGUUAUAAAAAAGGAAAUUUCCCUUCAUGUCUUGCCGAAACAGCACUUGUCGUCUCUCACCAAAGAAGUUAAAAUUUAACUGAAAGGAAUAAAUAGAAACAAAUAGAGAUACAUACUUUGUAAAUAAGCUGUAAAUACGUUUAUUUAAAUUUGCCAUUUAUUCUUUUUUUGGCAUCUCUAUUAUUUCUAUUAAAUCUUAACUCACUUAUGUUUGAUCUUUUUGAACACUAUUUUUUAAAUCACAAAAGCACUUUUCUCAGCACUUGUGUAUAUAACUUUGCACUCUGAGCACCACAACACUUUAUAGCUUGAUAAAUAGUCCAUUUAGACGAAAUUCAUCUUUAUCAUCUAUGCUUUUCGCGUAGUUUUGAUUUUCACCAUCGUCAUCCGAACGAUUAUUUAAUUUUUAUUUUCGUAUUCGCAUAUAUUUUUUGCAUGCCUGGUGUGCCACACGAAGCAUACUUUAAUUUGAAUUUUUGGACAGCACCAAUAACACCAACGUUUUGCGUGCGUUUAUUUUGAGUGUUAAAUUAACCAAAUGAAAAAGUGAAAUACUGCGGUGGUGGAAAUAAUCCUGUGGAUAAAUUUAAUGGUAAUCAAUCCGAAAACGCGAUUCAUAGUGAAAACGAUGAGGAUUUGCAUUUCAAAUAUUCGCGCCGCUAGUUUGAAAAAUGUGUCCGCGUUUUCAACAAAAACGAGAUUAAAUGCAAACAUCAGUAAAAUGAAUCAUUGUCGAUUUGUUGUUAUUUUCGUGAAACAGCUCAUAUCCUAUCUAUUGAAUUCGAUUUGAAUUUGUGAUGUUAUUCAAUUCUUUUUGCCAUGUUUGGAUUAAAGUUAUUUUUUAAAACCAUACAAAAUAAUUAAUAUUUUAAUGUUCUUGAUUUAUAAAAAAGAAACAUAUAAAGAAUGUUUAUUUUUUGCGUACGAAACAAAAUCGUGAUACAAUGUAUAAAGAGUAACAAACAAAAUGAGCUGUUCAACACUGUAGCCGAAUAUGUGGUAGGAAAACCGGUGGAAAACCGGACGGGAACAAUCGCGCCAGACGGAAAAUCCGGUUACUACAAAUUGGAAAAUAAGUCAAAUGGAAGACGUAUGACAAGGACGCCGGAGAAAUUUUAUGACUGCCACCAAAGCGGGCCAACACAUUGGCGCAGAAAUUAAAGACCGGAUCCGCACGUUCGCCCGGAAAAUUCUGCUUUGUCCGUUACGUUUGAACGCCGGACCUGUCCUAUAUUCACAUAAAAAUAUGCCACCAAAUAUACUUUUAUGUUUACAAUCGAAAUUCCUUUGAACUCCGAACGUUAUUCAACAAAAUGUAACCAUAUUUUGAUAUGUUAUAAAUAACACAAGUUUAUACAGUUUUGAACACGAGCGGACAAAAGGUGUUUUCAAAACAUUUUGCUUCACAACAACCAAAAUUUAUAAAAUUAUAAAUGUCACCUAAAUAAAGUUAUAGUUCCAAUCAUUUUUGCACACUUGUUUUUAAAUUCAAUCCUAUUGGUUUUGAGAUCGAAAUUUUGACACAAUCAUUUAUUGUUUAUUUAAUAAAUUUUUAUGACGCGAUUUGAAAAAAGGAAUCUUCUCUCUAUGUUUAACUAAUUGAUUUUUGUACUGGCUAAAGAGGCUGACUGUAGCUAAAUCAUAAAUACGGGAUAGACUAUAUUCUUGGAAUUGCUUUUUCAUGAUAUUAUAAUCCAAAAAAAUAAAAUUUAGGAACAAAC